UAACUGCCGGGGUAGAUGGGUGGUGGGUGUGUUGGGAUUCCUUCUCGUCCAUCACUUUGGUUGACUUUGGGAGAGAAGGGUUUGAAGUCUGGACCGGGACAGCGAGCCGGAUGGAGGUGGACCAGGUGGUGUGUUUGCCCAGGUUGUCCCGGGUCGCCGUGUGCGGCGGUACCCACGGCAACGAGCUGUCCGGAGUGUACCUGGUGAGGGAGCUGCUGAGGACGGGGGGCGGAGCGGCGGCGGCGGCGGGGGAGGGAGGUCCGGAGGUGCUGACGGUGAUGUCCAACCCCAGGGCGGUGCAGCAGUGUCGCCGAUACGUGGAGACCGACCUGAACCGCUGCUUCACCCACGCCAUCCUCAACGGGCCUCCGUCAGAAAACGCCCCCUACGAGAUCACCAGGUCUCGAGAGCUGAACGCCCUGCUGGGACCCAAAGGCAGCCCGGAGGCGGCGGACCUCGUCUGCGACCUGCACAACACCACCGCCAACAUGGGCCUGUGCCUCAUCGCCUACUCCGACUGCGACUGGAUCUGCCUGCAGAUAUUCCGACACCUGCAGAGGGCCAUGCCGGACGUACCCAUGAGAUUCAUCCAUUUCGACAUCUCCUGUAAAGAGUCCUACUCCCUGGACUCCGUGGGCAAACACGGCUUCGCGAUGGAGAUCGGCCCCCAGCCGCACGGUGUGGUGCGCUCCAACGUCUUCACCGCCAUGAAGCUGGGCGUCCGGCACACGCUGGACUGGGUCGGCAUGUUCAACUCAGGCACGGUGUUCGAAGGAGGCUGCGUGGAGGUGUACACCAUGGUGAGGAACAUCGACUACCCCCGAGACAAGGAGACGCACAGCAUCACCGCCGCCAUCCACCCUCAGCUGCAGGACCGAGACUUCUGCCUGCUCCGGCCCGGAGACCCGCUGUUCCAGACGUUCUCGGGCGAAACGCUGCGGUACAAAGGCGGAGAGCCCCUCUACCCCUUCUUCAUCAAUGAGUGCGCCUAUUACGAGAAGGGCAUCGCCGUGUCCCUGGCGAGGAAGACGCACGUGAUGGUUCCCGCCAUCCGGGUGCAGGCGGGGGAGGGGCGGGCGGACCGGCGGGAAUUCACUUCAGAAGAAGAAGAGUGAAGACACUUCAGACUCUGAGAUCUUUUAUUGAAAUGACAGCAUGUAACU